UCCGAGCUUAGUAUUUCACCGCGUCUCGCCGAAGUAACAUCGUUCGAUUGUAACGUGCGCGCCUGAUAGAGCAGAGUUCAAGUUUCAGUGCAGCAGCAGCAGCCUCAGCAGGUCGCGUGUGCGCGUGCCUCGGCCGGGCAUAUAGAUUUUUCGUUCUUUCGUGGGGCAGGUCUGGAAGUGCGGGGUUCAUAUAUGAGGGAGGGCGGCCAAACCAGCAAACAACUCGCUGACAUUGACUCCGCGCUUAGUAGAAGUGUUGGUAUUCGACGAGUGGCAUAUUAGAAGUGCUUGGUUAGAUUGAAAAAGUGGUUUGCGAAGAAUGCUGCCCCUCUGGACCCUUGCGGUUCCAGCUCUGAUAGGCCUGUGGGCGCUCAGCUGUUGGUUGUACGAGAAUCUGAAAUCGCUGGUGCAGAUAGUGAUCGCCGUGCUGACUCCGUACUUUGUCCCGGCGGAGAACAAAAGCCUCGUGGAACGGUUCGGGAAAUGGGCCGUAAUUACCGGUAGCACCGAUGGUAUCGGCCGGCAGUAUGCCAUCCAGCUGGCAGCCCGAGGAGUCAACAUCGUUCUCAUCUCACGGACUGUUGAAAAGCUAAUGGCCGUAGCGAACGAGAUCGAGCAGAAGCACCAGGUCAAAACCAAGUGGAUAGCGGCCGACUUCAGUCAAGGCCGUCCAAUCUACGACAAACUUCGUCGCGAGCUGGACGGCAUCCCGGUGGGGAUUUUGGUGAACAACGUUGGGACCAAUUUAGAUUACCCGGACGACCUGGACCGCGUUCCAGAGGACAAGCUGUGGGAUGUGAUUCACAUCAACAUUGCCGCUGCGACGAUGCUUACGAGGAUAGUGCUUCCGGGCAUGAAGCAACGCCGUCAGGGAGCGAUCGUGAACAUUUCCUCGGGAAGCGAGCUGCAACCGUUGCCCUACAUGACCACCUAUGCGGCUUCCAAGGCCUACAUUCGUAACUUCACCCUGGCGAUGCAGUACGAGCUGGAACCAUUCGGCAUAACGUGUCAACUGGUCAGUCCACUAUUUGUGACGACCAAGAUGAACAACUUUUCCACCACCCUGAUGAAGGGUGGCCUCUUCAUUCCGGAUGCCGAAUCGUACGCCAAGUACGCCGUCUUCACGCUCGGGAAAACGAAACAAACCACCGGCUACUGGACGCACGGGAUUCAGUACUGUUUGAUCCGGUUAUCACCGGAGUGGGUGCGAACGCUGGUCGGUGGCAUCAUGAACAAGAAGUUCCGUGAGGAGUACCACCACGCGCAAAAGCAGACCGCCGCCACGGUCGCUAAGGCACAGUAGUGGGUGGCCGUAAGUUGUAUGUUCUGUAGGUGCUUUCUGUUGAUGCACCGAUUUGUAAAGUAUUGAUUGUGGAAACAUUGCAUUUGUAUACUUCUAACUUUUACCUGUUACCGAUCUUAGGUUAUAGUGUACGGAUUCCUUGCGAAUUCAAGCAAUAGAGGAUUUUCUAUUUUUAUUGGUCAGAAAAAGAUUAGAGUGUCUCCUUUGAUCGAUUCUGACCAAUUUUAACACAAAAAAAAAUCCUAAAAUAGUCAUGACCGACCGUUACUAUUUCGAUUAACCUAGCAUAAGACUGAUCACAGCGAUUGAAGAGAAUGUGUGAAUCAAUGCAGAAAAUACAAACAUUAGAAAUAAAGAGGAAGUGAAAAAGCCA